AAAUGAUACUCUGUCAUCGGCGUCUGUCAUUGUUCAACGAUUAAACAACUCUCCUCUAUCGUUAUAACACCAAGAAGCCUCUAUGGUCUGGUUCGAAACAGGGUGAAGGACGCCCAAACCCUCAUCAGAUUGGAUGGUUGAUUCGAGGGUUAAUCCUUAGGGAUUUGCCACUAUCAUGCUUCUUCAGAUUCCACCUACCAAGAACCCAAAAAAUAUGACGUCAAUGUCUGGCAGUGAAGCCCUACUAGAACCUCACCCGAAUAACAAUGUGGAUCAACACGUUUACACGGAAAUCUUGGAUCAGCAUAGAAACUAUCAAUACCUGGAUUCGAGAAACCACAACCACUUGUUAGACGAAGCAAAUGGCAAACGUCAAAAGAAGAUAUCUCCAGCUCUGGUUAUUUCAAUCAUGAAUUCGAUCCUACUCCUUCUUCUCUUUUCUGCCUUCGUAAACCUCUACUGGCCAACGAACACUAUCUUUCCGAAGGACAGCGUCUCGCCCAACAAUUCCACGGCUAAAAUUCAGUUUCUUGAAGACCGAAUCAUCAAGCUGGAACAUCAGCUCUGGGAUGAAAAAAACAAAUUGGUGACAACUGGAUCACAUGAUUCCCCAGGGGAGCCACAAGGUCGUCAUCAAUCUAUUGGCUCAACCCCAUCCAGGGGAAUCUCGGGUGCCGAAAGGGCAAAUGUCUCCUCAGGGAUCCUAGAUCCAUCUCACCAGGGAAUGGAUUGGACACAACCUCCAACAACUAUGCCAAGGGAAUCUCGGGUGCCGAAAGGGCAAAUGUCUCCUCAGGGAUCCUAG